CUAACUACGUAUACGUGAAGACCCCCUCGAGUGGCAAUCCCCCCCAACGCCUCAAGACCAAGCGAAGCAACAGCUACUGUGCGCGCACCGCGACACCCUCUCCCCUUCGCUAUGCCACCUUUGAUGCCGCUGGCCACGGAACGAACGUACCACCGCACGCAUCUGCCUCCCACAGCAGCCGCCCGUCAACGUAUAGGCGCGCCAGCUACAAAUCUGCGGAUAAGUCGAAGACGUAUCCGCUAUACACGCCUUCUUUCGGCUCUUCGUCCCGGAACAACUCAAACACCUCUCUGGGGCAAGGAUACUUCCCUCCUGCGCCGCCAUCUUCGGCGGGCAGCCAUCACAGUGUGCGCUAUACCGAGCGCCGCCCUCCUCUGAACAAGACGCACACCUGGCAAAGUAGCGUCUCCUCCGCUGGAUCUUCGCGCUCCUAUGGAAGUGUGGAGCUUCCGCCGCACGCACGGCCUCUCCAGACCGGUGCCAGCCUUAUGCACAUGCACCCCCUCUUUGCCUCCUCGCGGCUGCACAGCGCUCCGCUAUCGUACGAUGUGACCUUUACGCCCUCGGCGAGAACCGUGCUCGACCGCACGACGCACCAGGCCGUGCCCUCUCACACGCUCAACCAGCCCUGCACGGACCCGCCGACAUCGAGCAUGUCGCGCAUCGUCCUCCGCUCAGACAAGUUCCCCUGGCCCGUCGUCGUCGCGCCCUCCAAAGGCGGCCACCCGCCCCCGCACUCACAACCACAACACUCGCCCGCGGGAUUCCAGCCCGGCCCCUCCCCGCCCAAGAACGGCGCGGGCCGCUCGUCGUACAUCACGAACCUCGACCUGCUUUACGCCGUGCACACGACGCUCCUCCAGCGCGUCACGCCCGCCGAGUGGGACGCGCUCGGGCACGGCAGCCGCGCACAGCGCAAGGUGACGCGCGCAUACGAGAGCCGGUGCACCAAGAUGGGCGGCGGCUGGGAGGGCGGCGUGCGCCGGAUCGAUUGGCUGCACGGCAAGACGCGCCUCGUCGGCGUCGAGGUCGAGAAGGGCUCUGCGGGCACAAGCACCGGCAAGCUGCUGUUCGGGAAGCCAUGAAGUUGCGGCCCUUGACUUCUUCGAUAUCCCCCAGAGGAAUCACACACUCGUUUCUGGCUCUGUUUCUCUUUCCUAUACCUUCUUUUCUUUUUGGUCUUUUGUUUGGUAUUCUCAACUCCGGAAUUAUCUCUCAUUAUAGCUCAUGUUGGUCACACCUCAUCUCAUCUUCUCAUCUCUCGCUAUUGCGUUGCCUUUCAAAACCCCGAAAAGUCUUGCGUCCGCUACGUCAGACAACCGCAUUCAUCCUCGCUCUGUCAUUGCUAUCUGUGUUUUAUUUGGGACUCGCAUUCUGUAACCUUAUGCAUUUUUCUCUAUGUUAUACUAUGGACGGACGGUCUCUCGUGCUAUGUACCAUGUAAUAUAACAUAACGAAAUGCGACGAC